AUGGCACCAACCGCACAAGAACGUUCAUCGGACGAGUACGAAGAAUUAUUGCUUAACCUUGCUGCUCAUAAACCCCUUGGUCACUCUAGGCUUUCGAAGGGGAUCAAACCUAACUCAAAUGUUUCCUGGCUCGAGAAGUUGCCCGAACCUGCUAGAAGAAGAUUCGACAAAUAUGGAAUAGAUUUAACAAAAGGUUAUCCAAUAGUUCCUAAGUAUGAAGAUAUCCCCAAAUUUGUAGACGAGGCACAUGCAAUCAGAAAUCAAGAAUAUCCUUACAUUGAAAGAGGGAAAAAUGCUGAUCCAGAAAAAAAGGCUCUUUUUGGGGCAGCUAAAGAAGUAAUCAACUUAACAAAACAUGUCGGAACAGAAAUUGUGGGGCUUCAACUAAGUGAGUUGACAGACAAGCAAAAAGAUGAAUUAGCCUUGCUUAUUGCAGAAAGAGUUGUCGUGUUCUUUCGUGAUCAAGAUUUGUCACCUCAAAAGCAACUUGAAAUUGGUAGGUAUUUCGGUCAAGUUGAGGUACAUGCUCAAGUUCCAAGAGUGCCUAAUGCUCUUGACGGAGAAAAUUUGAAUGGGAUUUCUGUAAUUUGGCAAGAUUAUGCAAGACAAAAUGGUUUAGACCUUACUUUCAAGAGAAGUAUUGGGGGUAACUCUCAAUGGCAUACAGAUUUGGUCCAUGAGUUCCAACCAGCUGGUAUAACCCAUUUACAUAACGACAGUGUCCCUUCUGUUGGUGGAGAUACACUUUGGUCUUCUGGAUAUGCUGCUUAUGAUAAGUUGUCUCCUGCUUUCCAGGAGUUUUUGGAUGGGAAGACAGCAAUUUACUGUUCCGCUCACCAAUAUUUGGAUCGUGAAAAUCCAUUGAAGGGACCAAAGAGAAUCGAAAGGGAGCACCCCCUUGUGAGGACCCAUCCAGUCACUGGUUGGAAAUCAUUAUUUGUUAACCGUUCAAUGACUGUCAGGAUCGUUGGACUCGAGCCGGAGGAGAGUAAAACAAUUUUGGAAUACCUCUACUCUGUUUACGAGAAGAAUUUAGAUAUUCAGGUUCGUUUCAACUGGAAGCCUACCAAAGAGGGUUAUGGUACCUCCGCAUUGUGGGACAACAGAAUUUCUCAGCAUAAUGCAGUUUGGGAUCACGAAGGUGGAGAACCCAGACAUGGUACGAGAGUUACUUCUUUGGCUGAAAUUCCUUACUUUGAUCCAAAUUCUAAGUCACAGAGAGAAGCAUUGGGUCUUUCCUUAGACUAG